AUGCGUACGCAUACAACGGUCAAAGGUUUCUGCCUGUGCCACUUGCUGUGCAUGUGGCGUGUGACUGCCAGAUUAGGCAUCUAUCUGGGCUACUACAAUGUGGGCUAUGCGCCGGAUGGCCAGUUUGUGUGGGACGAGCAGCUCUAUGUGCAGAUCAUGAGCGUGGUGAAUAUGAUUGCCUCACUGGCGUAUCUAUGGCUAAGCCAGUGCUGGAUCUACGAUCAGCUGCUGUUCCUUCUCUUCGUGCCACUCUACAUCUACUUUCAACGUCUGCGCCAGCAUCUGACCAAGCUGCUGAAUGCCUGCGCCCAAAUACAUAGCGCACUGCAGCGUGUGCUGGGCGACAGGAUGUGUGUGCCCCUAUGGCGGGAAUGUGUGCUGACACUGCUGCUGCCCGUCGAGCUGCUUUUGCUGUUUGCCUGGCAGUGCCACAUGUACUACAGCUAUCAGUCGUGCUUCAUGGCUGGCGUCGGUUUCAUCUAUCACAUGCAGCUGCUCUUUUUGGGCAACUAUCUCAUCUGGCUGGCCAGCAUCUACCGGGCGCUGAACGUGUUUCUGCAGCAGCACAUGACCAGCUCCCGCGUGGGUAUUUUGCGCACCAUACUGCGGGAGCAGGUGAGCAUUAGGAGCGUGCAUUGGCACAUUAUACGCUACUUUGCUCUGCAUCUGCUCAGCUUUGUGGCAUUGAUUGUGUUGCGCUUCAACCAACUGCUUCUAGACUGGCAACCCUCCAAUGUGCUCAACAUCGAUCGCCUGCGUCUGGUGCAUCUGUUGCUGCUGCUGAUAUCAUUUAUAACGCUGCUGAUCAGCUCGUAUGAUCUGCAGAAGCAGCGUGGCCAAUUCUAUGGCAAUUAUCUGCAGCUGACGGAUCGCUUGGAGUACUUUAAAUUGAAGUCCUGGUGCCUGCUGCGCAACCAAACGCUGCCCAUGCCGUUUGGCCUGCCCAUACUGCGACCCUUCGCCAGGCCACAGCACAAACGCGAUGUCAUUAGCAUGUUGUUUUCCAGCAAUUUACCGGUCACACAUCUACGCCAAAAACCCCUGCCGCUGGCCAUCCUGGGUCUGAGUACCCAUCAGCUACAGCUGACACUGCCCAUGCUCCUCGACAGCUUCACCAAAGUGGGCUGCCUGGUGUUGCUAUCCCUUUGGCUGUAUUUAUGGCAGCACACACACAUGCAUAUCAACUUUUACAACAGCUAUUCGCAAGGUAAUUUCGAUAUUAAUGUGACGCAAACAAUUAGCCAGGUCUAUCGCUGGUAUAUGUACGAUGAAUUAGAGUAA